GUCCGUUGGGACCCACCUGCGCAGGCGCCUGUUAGCCAACGCAGGCGCCUGUUAGCCAACGCAGGCGCCUGUUAGCCAACGCAGGCGCUUGUCAGCCAAUGCAGGCGCCUGUUAGCCAACGCAGGCGCCUGUCAGCCAAUGCAGGCGCCUGUUAGCCAACGCACCAGCUACGAUGGGCUUACAGACUCAGACAUUGGCCAUGAGUCUCCAGAGUCGCGCCUAUCGACGCUGUGCAUGGACAUCAGAGAAGCCGCCGACUGUCUCCUGCGUCUCUCGGUUGCCAGAACCCCGCACCCCACGAGAGAUUCCGCAAGCUCGGCGGGGGCCGUCAGAAGACAUUUCGUUCCGAGAGUCACACGACGUUGCCUACGUCCGGGGCAAGUUUCCCCGAUCAGAUGGCGUCCUCGCUGAGGCACUGGGAAAGUCCAUCACCCGCCGGCGAGAGUUCUUUCGCUGCCGGAAGGCCCACCACGACAGGCUUGCCCAGGGCCUCGAGAAGACAGACUUUGGUGGCAACUUUGGCGACAACGUUGAGGAGAGAGAUGACAGCCACACCGAAAUCGUCCAAACGACUGUUGCCUCGCCGCUGGCAGAGCACUUGAAAACACAGACAGACAUUGAUCUCCGGAGUGGGGUUAUCGUCGAACCGCGACCCGGGGGCGCAGCUGACCAAUAGGCCGCCAUUUUGGGAGCUCAAGGACGAAGGCGGCCCAUCCCAGCCAGCGGGGGAUACGGCCACCACACUGCCGCUUCCACAGACGAAUGUUAUUUCCGCCAACACGCCAGCCGCGUUGGCUGACAAGUGGCCAAUGGAAAACGUACAGCGAUUUCUCC